CAGCAGGAGCGGUGCGGGAGGAGCGGUGAGAGCCCCCGCCCGGCGGAGCGCAGGGCUCUGGGCUGCGGAUGGAGGGCAGCCGCGCUUCUCCCCGCUACGGAUCCAUGGAAUCCACCCGGUGGCCGCCGGCCGGCGCGGGGCCAGAGGACGAGAUCGUGUCCAUGGCCGACUCCACCACCACCAUGGAUGAGAUCGAGGGAGAGCUCUUCAGGAUCGAGCGGAUCCGGGAGAUUCUGGUGCGCAGGGAGUCAGAGCUGCGCUACAUGAUGGAUGACAUCCAGCUUUGUAAGGAAAUCAGCCGGCUGAAAACAGAGCUCCAGAGACUCCUGGCCCUGCCAGAGAACCAGAAAUCCAACGAGGAGAAGCAGAGGGAAGAGGAGCUGGUGCAGCAGAUCCACAAGCUGGUGGAAACGAGGGAUUUCCUGGUGGAUGAUGUGGAGUUCGAGAGGCUCAGGGAAAGGGAAGAAGACAAGGAAAUGGCCGAGUUCCUGCAGAGCAAGCUCUCCAAAAGCUACCUCCAGAGAGCAACUCCUGCCCGAGAGAAGAAGAUGACAUCAAGAGGACAGCAAACCUCAGCUCCCUACAUGAGCAAGACAGGCCUGACCCUGCUCAAGGAGUGCUGUGGCUUCACCUGCUCCAUCAUGUAGGGCAUUUUCAGCCCGUGGCACAGGACAUGGCCAUGGUGUGCAGCCAGAGUCCUGCUCUCCUCUGAGAGAUCCAAUGUCCGUCACUGUCCACAGUUCCCCUGCAGCAGCAGCACCCAGGGCCCCCAGGCUGGAUGGGCAGGUCUGGGUGCUGGCACAGGUCCUGAUGGCCCCACGUCCUCCGUGGCAGCACAGACACCACGCUCCACCUUGGCCUGGAAGCUGUGAGAGCAGCAGGGAGCCCAUGGCACAGGAGAGAGCAUCCCACACCUGGGCUGAGGGAUAAAAACCACCUGGAGCUGCUGUUUGAAGAACAUCCUGCUCCACCCUUGGAGUGUCCCUGGGGUGGUUCCAUCCUGGAACUGAUCCUGUCCUGGAGCCGAUCCCAUCCUGGGCCAGUCCCUCUCUGCUCCUCCAGAGACUCUCCAGGGCCGCUUUGCUUGGCCCACAGGGAUUUGCUUUGAUCCACACUCCCCAAAGGCUCCUCUCUGUCCUGCAUUCCCAGGGCCUUACUGGGACAGUGAGUGACCCAGACAGUGAGUUUGGUGGGGCUGAGAGGGAGCCAGAGUCCAGGAAGAGCCCUGGAUUCCAGACUUGCCCCUGUGGAGCCAGCCUGGGCUGGAAGCAGUGCUGGUGCAGGCAGGAGGACAGGCAGGGUCUGUGUGUCCCACCUGAGUCCCUGAGGCUGCUCCUGGAGAAGGCUCAGGCUGCUCCCCUGGGCACAUAGAACUGCUGGAAGAGCUGGGAAAGUGCCCAGCCCACAGGAGUGGCACUGGUUCAUGUGCAUUGAUCUCAACCCAAACCAAUAAAUGUCUGUUGGAAGCUC